AUGGCUGCUCGAACAUUACGGAAACGUAAGGACGUAGGUAGAGAGGAGGUGCCCGUGAAGAAAAUGAAGACCGGGAGGAAGACCAAGCACCAGGUGGAGGAUGAGUAUUUGGAUGACCUACCGCGCAAUCUGGGACCUGUUCGUGCUCCCAGGAAGGAAAUCGAGUCGAUUCCUACACCCCCGGAAAAUUCGGAAGAAAUGCAGGACUUGGAGGAAAGUGCCAAAGUUGAAGAGGCCUCACCUGUGGCCAAAUCGGAGAUGAAAGCUGCGAAGCAAGGUUCGACCCAGGUCACGGAGUUGGCAACCCGAAGAUCCCUUCGCCCAAGGAAAUCAACAUCAAAAUCUUCAUACUUUGAAUCUGAUGACGAGACAUCAACUAAGUCUCAAGUCAAGCUUUUGACGGAUGAGGAUCUCCAGGUGGCAAUAGAAGCACCAGUUCGGAAAACGGUCAAAAAGACGAAGGAUAACCCGUAUGGACUUACUCCCGGCAUGACGCCUUUUCCAGAGUGGAGUACCCCAUCAGCAGAAGAAUGUGAAGAGGUCUAUCGUCGACUGGCAAAAAUACAUGGAGAAGCAAAAGCCCCCGAGAAGAUACCAGCGCCAUCUUUGGAAGUGUCGGGUUGCGGAGAGGUACCAUCUGUUCUCGAUGCCUUAAUUCGUACCCGCUUAAGCGCGAACACUUCCAACCGCAACUCAAGUGCAGCAUUCAGGGGGCUGGUGACCACAUUCGGCACUGUUGACAAAGGUAUUGGGAAAGGCAGCGUUGACUGGAACAAGGUCAGAGUUGCUCCUUUGCCCACCAUCGUUGAAUCAAUCAAGACAGGCGGCUUGGCUCAAGUCAAGGGUAAAGACAUAAAGGCAAUCCUGGAGUUAGUUCAUGAAGAGAACACCAAACGACGAGAGGCCUUUAUGCAAGAGAAAAAAGGGGGAAACUUGUCUGGUAUUGCCGGAGCGGACAACAAAACUCAAGGUCAAAAAGAUCUUGAAAUCUUGAAGACUGACCAAGAUAUUCUUUCACUAGACCAUAUACAUGGUAUGGCUCCCGAUGAAGCCAUGCAGACACUCACUAAAUUCCCUGGUAUUGGCGUCAAGACAGCAUCUUGCGUUAUUCUCUUCUGCCUCCAACAACCCAGCUUCGCAGUCGACACCCAUGUUCACCGCAUCAGUGGAUGGCUGAAAUGGAUACCCCCCAAAGCCACUCGAGAUCAGACAUUUAGUCAUCUGGAGGUGCGCAUCCCUAAUCAUCUGAAGUAUGGAUUGCACAAGCUGUUCGUUCAACACGGACGAAGUUGUAUCCGCUGUAGAGCAAACACAAGCGAGGGGAGCGAAGAAUGGAAUAAAUCAAAAUGUCCUCUUGAUGGGCUGAUGGAGCGAACGGGGAAGAGGCAGUAUGGAGGGAAAGCAGGAUUGAAGAAGCAGCUGAAGGAGGAGGACAGUGAUUAA